AUGGCUUUCUUGGAGGGUAUUCCCGCGCGAAAAAGCGUAGCCGUUGAGCGAUCAAAGAAGGAAGAAAGAAAGAAAAAGAUGCUGAAAGUGUUAAGCCGGCAGAAGCAGUCGCGUGCGUUCAAGGAGUACUACUUGGAGUGGUUCAACACCCUAAAGAACAACCUCCUCCCCCUCCUCCAACGCUCCAUCGCAGGUGAGUCUCCCACCAUCCUCUCCAGCCACGUGGAGAUGCUCUACCAGCACUUCGAAUCCUACUACUACGCCCUAGACGCCGCCGCCACCUCAGACCCCGCCCAACUCCUCUCCCAGGACUGGCGCAACUCCCUCGAAAAACCUCUCCUCUGGCUCGCCGACCUCCACCCAUUCCUCUUUACUAACCUCGCCCGCUCCUUCCUCCACCAACAAUCCCCCCCCGGCACCGACCAAAAUCACCGCCGCCCCCAACCUCUCCCCUUCUCCGACCGCCCCUGGCAGGUCGCCCUUGCCUGGAGCAAACCCUCCUACUCCCUCACCGCGCGCAUGGAGCAGAUCGAAUGCAGCCUCCGCCUGAUCGUUCCCAUACUCUCUGACCGCCUCAAGCACGCGGAGCACGCCUUUGUGGGGCGCGUCGUGGGGGAUUGGUUCCGGUGCUGGGAGGAGCUGAAGAGCGGCCCCGCGAAGGCGGCGGUGGGCGCGGACGUGAAGGCGCACAUGGAAGAGGUGGUGAACGUGGUUCUUUUCGCGAACCGCGUGAGGCGGGGCGUUCUUGAGGACAUCAUUGGCGGCACCACAUUGUACCAGGCCGCCCUCUUUCUUGAAGGCCUGGCCCAAUUCCUGAUUGGCUUUAGAGACCAGGCCCUCGUCAAUGCGGUUGAACAGUCCAAGCCCUUCCCUCUUGCCGAUCACUCUCGCCCUUCCUCUCACUGA